AUUUUUGUAAAUCUAUUAUUUCUCUUUUCCAUUCAGACUAAUAGUAUUAAGUGAGUAAACAUUAUGUAACAUCACUUUUAUUUCAUUGUUUAUGAGUAUAUUGUUUUAUAUCAUUUUGUCGACGCAUUAUUUUAUUAAUAAUAAUAACUGUGUCGGACGACCACCAGUGCCAAUAUGGAACAGGAGGGCCCCAGAAUUAAAUUCAACAAAGAAUUCAGUGAAUUCAUUAAAGACAUUGAUUUGAGUGAGACCUUCUUGCAAUUGCUUGAAAAGCAUCCAUGUGCAUAUAUGCUACCAGAUAUUCAAAAUUUUGACACCGAUUCUGAGCGCAAAAUCAGAAUAUUCUCGGAGUUCACCCGUGAAAGGGAGCACUGCAAUGUGCUCGCUAAUAUGCUACAACAAUCGGGUCAGGUAUGCGCGGCCGACCAGUUGAGGACAUUCAACAAAUCCGAAACAGUCAUCGACUACACCGAUGAGGUAGAGCUGAGUGUCACACCGGCCAUCACAUUGAGGUCGGGAACUUCACGUUGCUAUACCAUGGACUCCAUCCCCAGGGGAAUGGCUCUCUUAUUCAUCACAGUCGACGAACUCAUGAAAGAGGGCAAGAGAUUUGAGUGCAUUUUCAAUCAGUUGUACUUCAAUGUGACCAUUCAUGUCAAUAAGACGUGUCAACAGAUAUCUGAAAUACUGGAUAAGGCAGUGGAUGCUGAACACAACGACACCUUUAUUAUGAUGUUUAUGGGCCACGGAUUUGAUGAGAAGAUCCAGGGGUGGGGCAGACAUGAAGGCGAUGAU